CCGUGCGGACGCAGGGCUAACUCAUAUCGACUCGCAAUGCAUGCCUAUGCAUGUAGUCGCAAUGAUGGCAUACUAUGCGGUGCCCAUAAUCAAGCGGUCCCUUGUGGAUCCGAGUAGCGCUGAUGACACUCGAGUGUCCAACUCGAAGUAUCGUGAAGACCAAGCUCUUCACGAUAUUGCACAAAGAGAACCCACCGCAGCACCAGGCAGCAUAGAGUUUGCUGUCAAAUAUGAACAGAUGCUGCAGCAAGCCGUUGAACAUAUCAGGAAAUCUCAGGAUGCCAUGAUCGCAUCUGAGAAUACGCACAGACGACCCUCUAACUUUCAGUAUUUACCCGAAGACUCACCUGUUCCAGAGGCAAAACCAGUUGAUCAAAAGAAGAGCAAGAUGAUGCCUGACAAACUUCAGGUACCCCCUGCGGCGGCAUUGGUAAGUUGCCAUGUCAGCAGACCACGUCAGCAGGCCACAUCAGCAGACCACGUCAGCAGGCCACAUCAGCAGACCACGUCAGCAGGCCACGUCAGCAGCAGGGAGUGCCACGUCAGCAGGUCCCCGGCCUGGUCUAUGCUCACGCGCUCACAAACAGCCGUCAUGCACCAGAAAUCAGGGGAAACGGACGAGGCCUAUCAGGCCCGGAUGCUGCUUCUGAUUACCGAAGCCAAGCAACGGUCGGAUGCAGUAGCAGCCGCAGCAAAGAGGAAGGCAGAGGACGCCGAGAAGGCACGUCUGUUGGUAAUUGAACAGCAGCGCCAGCAAGACGAGGCAGCAGCAAAGGCUGCCGAUGAAGAACGGAUUCAACGACGCGAGAAGAUAUGCAGCGGAGAGCGAGCUUUGCUCACAAUGGCAGCGGACUGGCGGGCCGAGGCCGAGAAUGGUAAGAUGAAAGAGAGUGAAAACAAGAUUGCUCUACUCCUCUCCGAUCUCACGGAUCUCCUGGCAACAUGCAUUACACAUCAGGAGGACAUCGACAGCCUCGACGACGCGUUGUCUCAAGUCCACAGCCGCCUCCACCAGCUGGAGCAGCGACCCGUCGCCGCCCUCGAUGCCAGGUCUUCCAACACCUCCGAUCGCCUCGAGGCAUUGGAGAUUGACGUCGGAUCCCUCAAGGAUGGUGUGCAGUUACAGCAAACCUCAUCACAACAGGAAGCGAUUGCCAUGGACAUUACCGGGUCUUUCCCCAAGCACAAGGCCGUUGUGGAUGGGAUUCUCACGGUGGUCGACCGACUCGCCAAGUUCGCCAUGUUUUUGCCUUGCCGCUAUCAUGCCAAGGCACCGGAGUUGGCCGAGACGGAGUCCAUGGAGACAUAUUGCCAGGUGGGUGGGUAUGGGGAGAGAUUGGAGUUUGCCAGCCUUGGCUUGGUUGGAGUGAUUGACGACUUGGCAAGUAGGGCAAGAACGGAUGUAGGCUUUAACGCCGGCAAGGAGCGAGGGCCAGUAGAGGUAACGAGAGAUAUUGUCAAAGGUUUUCGGGAAACCGAGGUGUCCGACAGUCUUGGCAUCGUGGUGUUCAGCCAAAAUCUGGGUAGAGAGACCAUGGACAGAAGGGAUGCAAAGGCGGCAAGUUCCUUUGGUGUUGAUGUAGAGGAGAUGGUCGAUGAGGGAAUAGUCAGGGACAGUGUCAAGGUGGCGGAGUUUGGUGUAGGUAGAGGCGAAGUCGGGGCAGGAGGCGUAACCAUGGAUGGAGCGAUGUUGGAGAGAUUGGGGAAGGUUGACAUGCGUCAUGGCAGCGAAGACUUUUUCAUAGGGCUUGUGAUCGGGUCGGCGAGAGAGGGCAUCGACAACACGAUUGGCCUUGGCGGGAGUAUGGAAGAUGGUGAAGGUAAAAUGGGCGAGAAAGUCCAGCCAGCGGGCCGGACGAGGGGUAAUAUCCUUUUUGGUGAGGAUACCGGAGACGACGGUGUUGUCGGUGCGAAUGGUAAAGUACUGGCCAUCGAGAGUGAUCAGGAGGCACUCUUUGAUUGCCUUAUGCAAGAUGUGGGCUUCAGCAAGGAUCACCCAGUGGCUGCUGUUAUAAUUUUCAAGUGUCUCCUUCAGUGGCAUUCCUUCGAAGCGGAAAGGACAAAUGUGUUCGACCGCAUCAUCAAUGCCAUUCAGACGGCAAUAGAGAGCCAUUCAGAUAACAAUGAUGUGCUAGCCUACUGGCUUUCAAACACAUCCACUCUUCUUCAUCUUCUGCAGCGAACUCUCAAGGCCGGUGGCGGAGGUGGGACAACUCCACAAAGGAGAAGACAAACAACGUUGUUCGGGAGAAUGACACAGAGGUUCAGCUCUCAACAGCAGAAUUACCCAAACGGUACGGGACCAAUUGGUCUAGACAACGUAAGGCAGGUUGAGGCGAAAUACCCUGCUCUCUUAUUUAAGCAGCAGCUCACUGCUUAUGUGGAGAAGAUAUAUGGGAUGCUCCGUGACAACUUGAAGAAAGAGAUUACACCUCUGUUGGGCUCUUGCAUUCAGGUAUGUCGUGGUUUGCUCACCGAGUAAGAUCGCAAUGGUGUGCUUACUAAUGUUUGCUGAGUGAUCUGGUUGUUAGCAAAUCCGUUUGAGCAAAGUUGGGUCUUAUGAGGGUACAUCACUUGGGUGGUGAUGGGAAACUUGAUGGUGGAAAAUUAUUGGGUUGGAGAGGGCUACCUAAUUGUGUUAGUCGCUAAAAUUGCAGAGGUGGCUUUGUGCAUUGGCGGUUCUAUCUUGUGUUGGCAAUAAGAUGUUAGGGAAUGGGAUAAAUUUACAUUGAUUUC